CCUCCUCGGGGGUUGCAGGGACGAGGCUGAAUGAGGCAGAGACGCUGAGCUCUAUCCAGGAGGCCCAGUUAGAACGGCUGGAGGUGGCCACACCCUGCGGGCCGGGGAGCAGGGAGCGGGGCCCCGUGCUGAGGAUGGCCAGGCAGCAGCUGCCACCCUGGGUCCAUGCAGCCAUCCUCCUCUGCCUCCUCAGCCUCGGCCGGGCCAUCGAGAUUCCUAUGGAUCUGUCCCAGCCUCCGACCAUCACCAAGCAGUCGGUGAAGGACCACAUCGUGGAUCCCCGGGAUAACAUCCUGAUUGAGUGUGAGGCGAAGGGGAACCCCGCCCCCAGCUUCCACUGGACUCGCAACAGCAGGUUCUUCAACAUCGCCAAGGACCCCCGGGUGUCCAUGAAGAGGCGGUCUGGGACCCUGGUGAUCGACUUCCGCAGCGGCGGGCGGCCGGAGGAGUACGAGGGGGAGUACCAGUGCUUCGCCCGCAACAAGUUCGGCACCGCCCUGUCCAACAGGAUCCGCCUGCAGGUGUCCAAAUCUCCCCUGUGGCCCAAGGAAAACCUAGACCCUGUCGUGGUCCAAGAAGGCGCCCCCUUGACACUCCAGUGUAACCCCCCACCUGGACUUCCGUCCCCAGUCAUCUUCUGGAUGAGCAGCACCAUGGACCCCAUCACCCAAGACAAGCGUGUCUCCCAGGGCCACAACGGAGACCUGUAUUUCUCCAACGUCAUGCUGCAGGACAUGCAGACUGACUACAGCUGCAAUGCCCGCUUCCACUUUACCCACACCAUCCAGCAGAAGAACGCAUUCACUCUCAAGGUCCUCACCACCCGAGGAGUUGCGGAAAGGACACCCAGCUUCAUGUACCCCCAGGGCACUGCGAGCAGCCAGAUGGUGCUGCGUGGCAUGGACCUCCUGCUGGAGUGCAUCGCCUCCGGGGUCCCAACACCAGACAUCGCGUGGUACAAGAAAGGUGGGGACCUCCCAUCUGACAAGGCCAAGUUUGAGAACUUUAACAAGGCUCUACGUAUCACCAAUGUCUCUGAGGAAGACUCUGGAGAGUAUUUCUGCCUGGCCUCCAACAAGAUGGGCAGCAUCCGGCACACGAUCUCGGUGAGAGUAAAGGCUGCUCCCUACUGGCUGGAUGAACCCAAGAACCUUAUCCUGGCUCCUGGCGAGGACGGGAGACUGGUGUGUCGAGCCAGUGGGAACCCCAAGCCCACCAUCCAGUGGAUGGUGAAUGGGGAACCUUUGCAAUCGGCACCACCCAACCCAAACCGAGAGGUGGCCGGGGACACCAUCAUCUUCCGGGACACGCAGAUCAGCAGCAGGGCCGUGUACCAGUGCAACACCUCCAACGAGCACGGCUACCUGCUGGCCAACGCCUUCGUCAGCGUGCUGGACGUGCCACCUCGGAUGCUGUCACCGCGGAACCAGCUUAUUAGGGUGAUCCUGUACAACCGGACGCGGCUGGACUGCCCAUUCUUUGGGUCCCCCAUUCCCACGCUCCGUUGGUUUAAGAAUGGGCAAGGAAGCAACCUGGAUGGAGGCAACUACCAUGUCUAUGAGAAUGGCAGUCUGGAAAUCAAGAUGAUCCGCAAAGAGGACCAAGGCAUCUACACCUGUGUUGCCACUAACAUCCUGGGCAAGGCAGAAAACCAGGUCCGCCUGGAAGUCAAAGACCCCACCAGGAUCUUUCGGAUGCCUGAGGACCAGGUCGCCAAGAGGGGCACCACGGUGCAGCUGGAGUGCCGGGUGAAGCACGACCCCUCCCUGAAGCUCACAGUGUCCUGGCUGAAGGAUGACGAGCCACUCUACAUCGGGAACAGGAUGAAGAAGGAAGAUGACUCCCUGACCAUCUUUGGUGUGGCGGAGCGGGACCAGGGCAGUUACACCUGCGUCGCCAGCACUGAGCUGGACCAAGACCUGGCCAAGGCCUACCUCACCGUGCUAGCUGAUCAGGCCACUCCAACUAACCGUCUGGCUGCCCUGCCCAAAGGACGGCCAGACAGACCCCGGGACCUGGAGCUCACUGACCUGGCUGAGAGGAGUGUGAGGCUCACCUGGAUCCCAGGGGAUGACAACAAUAGCCCCAUCACAGACUAUGUCGUCCAGUUUGAAGAGGACCAGUUCCAGCCAGGGGUCUGGCAUGACCAUUCCAAGUUCCCAGGCAGUGUCAACUCAGCUGUCCUCCAGCUGUCCCCAUAUGUCAACUACCAGUUCCGGGUCAUUGCCAUCAACGAGGUCGGCAGCAGCCACCCCAGCCUCCCAUCUGAGCGCUACCGAACCAGCGGAGCACCCCCUGAGUCUAAUCCCGCUGAUGUGAAGGGAGAGGGGACCAGAAAGAACAACAUGGAGAUCACGUGGACGCCCAUGAAUGCCACCUCCGCCUUUGGCCCCAACCUGCGCUACAUCGUGAAGUGGCGGCGGAGAGAGACUCGAGAGAGCUGGAACAAUGUCACAGUGUGGGGCUCCCGCUACGUGGUGGGUCAGACCCCUGUCUACGUGCCCUACGAGAUCCGAGUCCAGGCCGAAAAUGACUUUGGGAAGGGCCCUGAGCCAGACACGGUCAUCGGUUACUCCGGAGAAGAUUAUCCCAGGGCUGCGCCCACCGACGUUAAAAUCCGAGUGCUGAACAGCACUGCCAUCAGCCUUCAGUGGAACCGCGUCUACUCCGACACGGUCCAGGGCCUGCUCAGAGAGUACCGAGCCUACUACUGGAGAGAGAGCAGCUUGCUGAAGAGCUUGUGGGUGUCUCAGAAGAGACAGCAGGCCAGCUUCCCUGGUGACCGCCUCCGCGGCGUGGUGCCCCGCCUCUUCCCCUACAGCAACUACAAGCUGGAGAUGGUUGUGGUCAAUGGGAGAGGCGAUGGGCCUCGCAGUGAGACCAAGGAGUUCACAACCCCAGAAGGAGUACCCAGUGCCCCCAGGCGAUUCCGAGUCCGGCAGCCCAACCUGGAGACCAUCAACCUGGAAUGGGACCAUCCGGAACACCCCAAUGGGAUCCUGACUGGAUACACCCUCAGAUACGUGGCCUUUAAUGGAACCAAAGUAGGAAAGCAGAUAGUGGAAAACUUCUCUCCCAAUCAGACCAAGUUCACGGUGCAAAGAGCAGACCCCGUGUCGCGCUACCGCUUUACCCUCAGUGCCAGGACGCAGGUGGGCUCUGGGGAAGCUGUCACAGAGGAGUCGCCAGCACCCCCGAAUGAAGCUACUCCAACCGCAGCUCCUCCCACGUUGCCCCCGACUACAGUGGGUACUGUGAGCAGUACUGAUGCUACUGUCACUGCUGCCACCACUGAAGCCACAACAGUCCCCAUCAUCCCAACUGUCGCACCUGCCACCAUCGCUACCACCACCGUCGCCACAACUACUACAACCACUGCCGCCACCACCACCACGGAGGGUCCUCCCACCACCACCACCGGGACUAAGAUACACGAAUCCGCCCCGGACGAGCAGUCCAUAUGGAACGUCACAGUGCUCCCCAACAGUAAAUGGGCCAACAUCACCUGGAAGCACAAUUUCGGGCCCGGAACUGACUUUGUGGUUGAGUACAUCGACAGCAACCAUACGAAAAAAAGUGUCCCUGUUAAGGCCCAGGCGCAGCCUGUCCAGCUGACAGACCUCUAUCCCGGGAUGACAUACACGUUGCGAGUCUAUUCCCGGGACCACGAGGGCAUCAGCAGUACCGUCAUCACCUUUAUGACCAGUACAGCUUACACCAACAACCAGGCGGACAUCGCCACCCAGGGCUGGUUCAUCGGGCUCAUGUGCGCCAUCGCCCUCCUGGUGCUGAUUCUGCUCAUCGUCUGUUUCAUCAAGAGGAGUCGAGGCGGCAAGUACCCAGUUCGAGAGAAAAAGGACGUUCCCCUUGGCCCUGAAGACCCCAAAGAAGAGGAUGGCUCCUUUGACUACAGUGAUGAGGACAACAAGCCCCUGCAGGGCAGCCAGACAUCCCUGGAUGGCACCAUCAAGCAGCAGGAGAGUGACGACAGCCUGGUGGACUACGGCGAGGGCGGCGAGGGGCAGUUCAAUGAGGACGGCUCCUUUAUCGGCCAGUACACAGUCAAAAAGGACAAGGAGGAGACAGAGGGCAAUGAAAGCUCAGAGGCCACGUCACCCGUCAACGCCAUCUAUUCUCUGGCCUAGCGGAGCCCCCCCAGGGCACAGCCACCACUUUGCAAGUGAGAGGAGGGGAGAGGGGGAGAUGAAGACACUGCAAAGCCACCACCAUCUUCUGGGAUGGGGGUUCAACAUGGGGGUCUGCCAAGCUGUGAGGACCAGUGACCACCCAGCCAACCACAAGCCCCCUCCCAAUGACCCCCCACACCCCGGGUUCCACCUGUUGGGGGAGCUGGAGCCCUGGCCGUGCUCAGCUGAGGGAGCCGGGCCCCUUGCUCAGCCUCGCAGGCACCUGAGCAUCACCCCCACCGCCUGGCCCUG